GAAACGGGUUUGCGCUGGAUGGAUUACAAGUAAACACAAAGCCAAGAACUCCGUUCGGAGCAACUUUAGUUUAGUACUCAGAAUGCCGGCGUUGAAGCUUCUGCUUGCGCUGCUCCUGAUUUGCUUCGAGGCGACAGCCAAGGAUCUCCAGGAGUGCGAAGAUCUAGGACUGGGCAGUCACAUCUGCCGCGAAAUCGAAAGCCUCCAACAGCUCAAUGGAUACGUGCAAGACGAUUGGCGGAGCGUAAAGGUGGUCAACGAGCACACCGGCAUCGAGGGCGACGAUCCCAGGGCAUUGCCAGCCCUGUGCUUGUCCAGGCUACUGCACUUGGAUCUGUCGGAGUCGGGUGGCCUGACGCUGGGCGAGAGGGGUCUGCGGGACCUCAGGCAGCUGGAACGGCUCAACCUGACCCGCUGCCAGCUAGAAGAGCUCAAGGAGGAGCACUUUUCCAAGAACUCAUCGCUGCGCAACUUGGACGUGAGCUUCAACGACAUACGGCUCAUCACGGGGAAGCUGAUGAACCGACUGCCAAAUCUGGUGUACGCCAACUUCUCCAACAACCUGAUAGCGGAGGUGGAGCCGAAUGCCUUCAGGGGCUUGAAGGAGCUGCGGUUCCUAGACCUGACCACCAAUGAGCAGGUGAACGUGACCCUGGGGGAGAUCGUGAACCUUCGCCACCUCUCCAUCGGCAACAACAACGUGAGGGACUUCCUUUGGCGCCGGCUGCGGGGACUGCCCAACCUGGAGGAGCUGCAUCUGGACAGCAAUUGGCUGGAGAACCUCGACAUGGGCCUCUUCCUGGCACUGCCACGGCUGCGCUUGCUCAACGUGUCCAACAACAACCUUUGUGAGAUCAAGGGAAGCCUUUUCACGGGUCCCAGCGGACGAGCUCCCCUCCUGCGGCUCGACUAUAGCUCCAACAAUGUGAAAGUCCUGGAGGAUUCAGUGUUCGCCAAGCUGGGCGACCUCAGGACGCUCAAUCUGUGGCUAAACCAAAUCAGCAAGAUCCACCCGAGGGCCUUCCAGGGCCUGAGCGCCCUCGAGUCCCUCCAACUGCAGGGCAACAAAAUCUCGGCCCUGCCCGAUGAAGUAUUCUCAAAUCUGACGGCCUUGCAACGACUCGACUUGAGCAGGAAUAGCAUUAGACAGCUGGGAGCCAGGGUCUUUGGAGGCUCCCUUUUAGGACGCCUCACCCAUCUGGAUCUGAGCAGAAAUAGUAUCGUGGAGCUCCAUCCGCUGUCCCUCUCCGCCCUGCCCCAUCUGCGAGAGCUGCGCCUCAGCGGCAACAAGCUGACGGCCCUGGACGUGCGCAUGUUCGCCCCCCUGCGGCGCCUGCAGGUGCUCACCAUCGGCGAGAAUCGACUGGAGCAGAUCGAGGAAGACAUGCUGGAGACUUUCGAGCACCUCUCCCGCCUGGACAUAAACAAUAACCGCCUCAGCUUUCUGCCAUCGCUCCAGACAGCCCAGUAUCUGCUGCGGCUGCGGCACAUCAGCAUCGAGGGGAAUCCCUGGCAGUGCCUGUGCCUGGACGAGAUCACCGCCUGGCUGGACAAAGGCCAGGUGAGCUACGCCCGGCCCAGCAGUGCCUACUACAGUGGCCGUAAGCCGCUCUGCGUGGUCACACCCGUCGAGCAGUGCCUCCGGGACUUGAAGGCGGUGCGCGCGCACGGAGUCAUCGAGAGCUACGAGCAGAUUUGAGCUGCCAAACGGGAGCAGCAAUAAAUCAAUAUCACUAAAUGUCGCUG